GGGUAUUUGCAGCAGCGUGCAGAAGCUGGCAAUAUUGAGUAAUAUUGCACUUACUUUUGGAGGCGGUGAUUUGCUUUUAAGACCCCAGAGAGGCUUUGGCUCCUGGGAGGCUUUCUCUUGUUUAUGUCAUAGAAUCAUUCAGGUUGGAAAAGACCCCUAAGAUCCCCAAGUCCAACCCCAGCCCACCCCACCAUGCCCACUGACCACAUCCCUCAGUGCCACAUCCCCACGGUUCUUCAACACCUCCAGGGACGGGGACCCCACCACUCCCUGGGCAGCCUGUGCCACUGCUCUGGUGGCAAGGGAACAAUGUUUAUCAUCACAGUGAGGAAUAAAGGGACAUGAAAACGCUCAGGGUUUCUGCAAGGCUCCUUCUGCACCCACAGGGCUCUGGGGCCGAAUGACUAAUUGCUGCAGCAGUGUGUGGGAUGAAGGCUUCAGGCAGGGAAGGGAGAAGGCCACACGUGAGCUGGUGGGAGCUGCUCGCACCCCGGGCUGUGUGACGCUUGUGAUCCCCCAAACUGGUGCCAAUGUAUAAACAAGGCAGUGGCCCAGCAGAUCCAAGGGGAGGGCCAUCGCCUGCUGCUGAUUUCUGAGCACUCAUAAUUGUAGGCAAUGGGGGAAAACACCCCAGGAGCACUGAGGCCGGGUGGGAUGGUGGAGACGUGCACAGCAAGCAGCACAAAGCCAUCGGUCCCUGCGCAUGACGAGCUCCCAGCACUGGAAACCAGACCGUGGCCAAUCCCCUCUGGCCCCAGUGCCCAUGGGAAAUAACCUCGGGGGCUCCCCAGGGCUGGGCACAGGCCCCCAACCCAAACAUGUCCCCGUAGCGGUAUGGCACCGCUGCUGUGCCGUGCAGAUGCACAGCUUCGCUCCCCAGCGCUCUCGAGCAUCCGAGUGGCCAUAAUUCCCCGGAAGGGGAUGGUAAUGAAUCAGCGUCGCCCCGGAACGAAGAAGAGGGGGAGAAAAAUGAGCGUGCCCUGCCUUCCUCUACCCGUGCCCUGCGUGCUCACGCUGCGCGGGGCCCCAGAGGGAAAGUGCAAUGCCCCGCGGCGGCUGAAGGCACGGGGAAGCUGGGGGGGAGCUGUGGGGGGAGCCGGGGAGGCACACAGGGACUGGCAGAGCCCCGUGCUGCUGCGCCCAUGGGGCUGGGGGCCUGGCUACGCUCACUUGGCGGCUGCUGCCGCUGCUGCGGUGGGGAGGCGGCAGCCCCUGAGAAGGAGCCACUGCUCAGCAACAACAACCCAUAUGCUUCCUUCGGGGCCACACUGGCACGGGAUGAGGAGCAGAACCUGUGGAGCACCCCUCAUGACGUGACCCACACGGAGGCGGAUGACGACCGGGUGCUGUACAACAUGAUCGUAGGCCGGAGCCAGCUGGACCAGGACUCUGAGGAAUGGCAAAAGCUCAACUAUGAUAUUUAUACCUUACGGCAAACACGGAAAGAAGUAAGAAGCAGAUGGAAGCACAUUUUGGAGGAUUUAGGUUUCCAGAAGGAAGCAGACUCCCUCUUGUCAGUGACCAAACUUAGCAUUGUCAGUGACUCUCAGAACAUGAGCAAAGCCCGGGACAUCUUGCUAAAGCUCUCCGAAGAGACGAACAUCUUCCCAACCAGCUGGGAGCUGUCUGAGCGUUACCUCUUUGUGGUGGACCGGCUGAUAGCUCUGGAUGCUGCGGAUGAGUUCUUCAAGCUGGCCAGCGUGGUGUACCCGAAAAGAGCCAGCAUGGAAAGAGUGGAUGAGAAGCACACCCCUGCCACGACACCCUGAGGAGCAUGGGGACACUGGGUUUCCUUCCCUUGGGACCAGGCUCCUGUGCCAAGGGGCUGAAGCACGAGUAGUGCUGUUCCUUGUCUCCCUGCCCAGAAGUGAGCGGGCCAGCGAUGCCCCAUGGGGAGGGCACGGGAAGGGGCUGGUGGCUACCAGUCCCGAGGGCUCCCAGCAGAUGGGAGCGAGAACUGCUGUAGCGUAGCCCUGGUGGGAGUCCACCAGCUGUGUAGGUUAUGCAAAUAGGCACAGGGGAACCACUGCACCAGUAGCUGCAAACAAUGUCCCUAAUGACAGCGCUGUGAGGACAUCCACUUUGCCACCUCCCAUGGGACCUGCACCUCCCUCAGCCCUCGUAGCCAGGAAGGAAAAAUACCUUGCUCACCUGCAACCUUGUGACACUGUCCUGUGCACUGGUCCCCUUCUUUGUCCCCAGUGGGUUGGUCCAGCAGGUCAGGACAGGACUCACAUCAGCAGCCUGGCUCUGUUGGGUGCUGGGUCCCCAGCAAUGGGCGUCUGGAAGAAUUCAUGUUGAGGGAGGCUCAGCCCAAUGCUGUGAACAAAGGUGGAUUUUAGCAAGGCUCCGUGGUUGAACCUGCUGAGAAAUAUUCUUCCUGUAAUGCCCUCAGAUUGGUCACACCACCGUCUUCCUUCAUUUCCAAAAGUCCCAGUCUUAAUUGCAAUAAUAAAAAGCACCAUAAAGUUGGUGGUCCAUGUAUAUGGUCAGUGCUGUUAAUGAAGAUUUUUAAUGAACACUCUUUGUAUCUUUCUUUUUGUGUGUGUGUGUAUGUGUCUCAUAAUGAGCAAUAAUUUUAAAACACUGGAUUUGAUCAUUUAAAAACAAGUGGAAGUUCAUCACUGGUUAACACAUUUGCUGCUAAUGGACCAGUUGAAAAUGCUGGUUACAAAGAACCUCCCAAAAGAGCAAACUAGAGCUUUUAUUUGUUUAUACCUACAGAGUUUGAUAUAUAUAUAUAUUUAUGAAAUGUUUCUGUUUGUCUGUCUUCCUGGGAAAUAUUUUUUGUCAGCUCUGGGCAUCAAUGAUACCUGAAUUUAAUAAACAAAACCUACUACAAAA